AUGGGCGUACUUUCCCUCCUGCUACUGGGUAUUACCCACCCAUCCGAGCUGCGUGCCAUGAUCGGAUACAAAGUAUGGCGCGAUCCGCUCAACGACAUCAAGGCCAACCCCGAAGCUUCCGGUUGGGAUCGCGAACGCAUGCGCGAUUGCUGGGGCUUCCUCGACCUCACCUCUCGCUCCUUCGCCGCCGUCAUCAAGGAGCUCAAGGGCGAACUCUCACGCGUCAUCUGCCUCUUCUACCUCGUGCUGCGAGCGCUCGACACAGUCGAAGACGACAUGACCAUCCCUGCCGAAAAGAAGAUCCCCUUGCUCGUCGACUUUUACAAGUUUCUCGAACAGCCAGGAUGGAACUUCAAGGAGAGCGGACCCAAGGAGAAGGACCGUCAGCUGCUGGUCGAGUUCGACAAGGUCAUUGCAGAGUACCAGCUGCUCGACCAGGGAUACAAGACGGUCAUCUCGGACAUCACCGCAAAGAUGGGUGCCGGCAUGGCGAGCUACAUCGAGUUGAGCGCCAACAAGCCGCUCAGCGUCAGCACGUGGAAGCACUUCGACCUCUACUGCCACUUUGUCGCUGGUCUCGUCGGCGAGGGUCUGUCAAGGCUCUUUAGCGAGAGCAACCUCGAGCGUCCAUGGCUGGGUCAUCAGCUCGAGCUGUCGAAUCACAUGGGUCUGUUCCUCCAGAAAACCAACAUCAUCCGAGACUACGCCGAGGACUGCGAAGAGGGCCGCUUCUUCUGGCCCAAGGAGUGCUGGGGUGACAGCUACGCCAAGUUCAGCUCGCAACCCGACGUCGCCUCGGGCAUCAUCGAAACCAAGCCGGGCAGCAACAAGUUCCAACCCGCGGACAACGAAGUGGGUCAACGCAGCAUGUACGUGCUCUCUUCGAUGCUGCUCGAUGCCAUGUCCCACGCCACCAACGCGCUCGACUACCUCGCGCUCCUCAAAGAGCAAUCCAUCUUCAACUUUUGCGCCAUCCCGCAAGUCAUGGCGAUCGCAACGAUCGAGUUGAUGUUCAACAACCCUGAUGUGUUCAAAAUGAACGUCAAGAUCCGCAAAGGUGUCGCGGUUGGACUCAUCCUCGCCGCGGUCAAUCCACGCGAUGUGGCAUACACGUUCCUCAAAUACAGUCGCAAGAUCCACCGUCGCCUCUCGCCGGCGGACCCGAACUUUACGCGUUGGUCCGUCGAGCUGGCGCGCAUCGAGCAGUGGUGCGAGACCUACUAUCCGAGCUUCAUCGCCGCGCAAUCGGAAGGCAAGCCCACCGACGCUCGAGCCUCCGCCCUCCGCUCGUGGUCCGAAUCGCGUCGUUCCCACGCGCUCAUCCUGAAGCAUUCCAACCUCAACGGUCGAGACCCUUCCGCCGAGGACGCACAACAGGCACUCGAAAAGGCCAAAGCCCAAGCCCUCGACCCGCGCGACCUCAUGACCGAAGACGAACGCAAAGACCUCGAUAAGAAGGACCGCGACGAGAUGAUCAAGUUUUUCUUCAUCAUGUUGGUCGGCAUGACGGUGUUCAUGGCCGUCGUGGCGGUCUUGACGUGGGAAGCCGUGUGGUAUUGGACCAUGGAUGGAGCGGAUCCGUUGACGCAGAAUGUCAAGUAUGCGUGGAAGUUGGUGCAGAAGGAAGGAGCACAGAGUGUUAGGGAGGUGUUGGGGACGGUGAAGGGCAGUUUUGAACAUGUUUGGAAGCACGGAUUGGGUUCGGGCAAGAUCGAGCUCUGA